AUGCCGAGAUUAUUGCAGCUGCUGUCGGCUGCCUUUGCAGUAAGAGGCUCUUUGGCAGCGCAGGCUUCAUGUCCUUCGCCGGCAGCGAGACUUGAGAACCUGACCUCUUUCCCGGCUUACGACAAGACGGCGCGGCCCAACGUGGAUCUUGGGACACCUGUCGAUGUUGGGGUCCAGCUCUACCUGGCUGCGAUUCCAGAGGUUGAUCAGAAGAAGCAGCAGUUUGCCAUUGAGGGGUAUUUCCGUUUAGACUGGACAGACAACCGAUUGGCGACGACAGGCGACCCCUGCGCUUCGACAUUGAUUCUCGAACUGCCGGUUUCGAGCGUUUGGCAGCCGGACAUUUACUGGGACAACUCGCUGGCGGAAUGGUAUGGCGCUGGAGCCAUGAACAUCUAUGAAGAUGGACGAAUUUAUCGGUCUGUGCGCUACAAACAAACACUGCGUUGCCCCAUGAAUUUCCAGCGCUUGCCGUUCGACAAGCAACAGUGCUUCGCCCUGUUGGGAUCCUACUCCUGGGAUCUUCACAAUGUAAAUGCCUCUGCAUUCAGCAACGGUGCAAUCGUCGUGCCUGAAGGGUACGACGGAACGACUGAGUGGCAACUGGAGGAGGCAACGUACGAGGUCACAACCGAGUGGUUUGGGGCAGGAGCUGACCGCAAAGGCUACAAGUACAUCUGGGUGUACUUCAAUCUGAAUCGCCGCCCCAACUCCUUCCUGAUGUUCGUUGUAGGCACUGCCAUUUUGUUUGUCCUCGUUGCCUGGGCCGGCCUGUUCAUCGAUCGGAAGGUGGCGCCAGCUCGAGUCACCAUCGCAGUCAUUCCUGUGUUGAUCAUGCUCAAUCUGGAGAACAGUGUUACAUCCAGGCUGCCCGAGUUGAACUACUUGACCUGGCUGACGAGCUUCCUCUUCGUGAUGAAACUGUUCGGAUUGUCUUGUGUCUUUGAGUACGGCCUUGUGUGGCUGCUGCUGCAGGUCGAGGCUGAAAGAGAUCGUCAAUUUGAAGCAUUGACGCAGAUGAGUACUAUCAUCAGCAAGCGAUCUGCAGAUCAAGAGGGAGCCAUGAUUGCGGAACCGGAGUUCCACAACACGGAUCCGUUGGCUGUGUCCGUGUCUGCCUCCCGUCAUCGCAAGAACCAGGUAGUCGUACCCACGCCACCAAAGAGCCAGCCAAGUAUGCUGAUGCCAGCGGAUGGCCAAGUGCCUUUGCCGGACAUGACAGCCGUCUUCAAGAUCUUCGACUCGGAUGGCGAUGCUGACCUCAGUCUGACAGAAGUUCAAAAAGGGCUCCGACAGCUUGGGCAGUAUCUUUCGAAAGGUCAAGUUCAGGAGAUGUUCUUGCGCCUGGGAGCAGAAGGGAACAACAUCCAGCAACCUCAUUUCCGGAAGUUUCUGCUUGACGUCAAGAAAUACCUGCCUGGAAAGGCUUGGAAGAUCAGCUACACAGAGAAGCCGCCCUCUUUGCAGGCACGCGCUUUCCGAAGUAUUAGCGAUCGGGUGAGCUGGGCAUUUUGCCGGGUAACUUCUAGCCAUGCUCCAUGA